AUGCGACGAUGGAAGGUGUUUUGGCUGUGGCUGAAGAACUUCUCAAAUGUGGCUUUUUUUUAUCAGCCUGAGCCGGCGCACAGCAGUGAGAAGACUUUGUGCGACCAAAGCGCAGCAGUACGUGCUAACCAUCCCCUGGGCGCAAGACAUCGUUGUAUUGAAAACAGUGGAGAGAGCGCCACGCUUUGCUUCGUGUGGUUUAACGAAGUGGAGAAGGCAGGUGGGAAGAAAGGCUUCUUCCACGCCGUGCUAAUGGCCCUCGGCGGGCUGUGCGUGCGUUCCCUUGACAAACUCAAGGAGCGUGGCGCCGUCCCCUCUGUGAAGGGAGUGCCGCUGUCAACGGCCGCAUCGACGGGUGGUGCUACGGCACAUCCGCCGGCGAGGCAGCGGUACCACAGCCGCAUGUGGCGUCGCGCCGCGUGGGUGCAGCCGGUGUUGAAGCCGCCGGAGGAGGAGGUCGUGGGGGCAACAGAGAACGUCGACGCGGCGGCGGAAGAAGCGGGAGCAGUGCUUCUGGUAUGCUACAAUCUGGAGGUGAAGCGGCUGAUGCCGCAACGUGCCGCGCAGGGUCACGCAAUCCGUGCCCCGUGA